AUGUUAGAUGGGGAGAUGAUCACACAAAUGGGAUUUUUUAUUACUGAUCUUCAUCGACAUAUUGAACAAUUAUAUAAAGCGCAAUAUGCGAACUAUUUGUGUGAAGCAAAGUUUAUUGUUUAUCGCGGACAGGGACUAUCCGAAGCAGAUUUCAAUGAACUGAUGAAAACAAAGGAUGGAUUACUGUCAUUCAAUAGCUUCUUGUCCACUAGCAAAGACCGCGAUGUCGCGUUGGCUUUCGCAGAAAGUAAUUCAAUCGAUCAUAAUAUGAUAGGUGUUCUUUUCGUUAUCGAGAUCGAUGUUACUCAAGCGACCACUCCAUUUGCUUGUCUUCGAGGUAUCAGUUAUUUUCCUGACGAAGAUGAGCUGCUAUUUUCGAUGCACAGUGUGUUCCAAAUUAAUGAUAUCCAACGACUAAAUAAGAAUGAAAGACUUUAUGAAGUCAACUUGACUCUCACUGGCGAUGAUAAUGCAGAAUUUCGUACUUUGACUAAUUCCAUUAGGAAGGAAAGUUCUCCAACUUCAAGCGGUUGGCACCGAUUGGUCUUUAUGCUGAUUGCCUUACACCAAACUGAUGUUGCUGAAGCAAUUAACAAGGAGCUUCUUGAGGAGAAACCGAAUGAAUCUGGUCACAUAUCUAUCUAUCAUUCCAUGGCAAUUAUUAAAUACAAGCAAGGAGAAUAUCAAGAGGCUGUACGAUUUCACGAGAAAGCCAUUUCAAUUGAACAGCGCUUGCUUCCUUCUACUCAUGCUGCUUUCGCUGAAUCCUACAAUAGCAUCGGCACAGUUUAUCACAGUAUGGGCGAUUAUUCGAAAGCGCUCUCAGCUUAUGAAAAAUCUCUCGGCAUUCAGCAGCAAUCACUUCUUGCUAAUUAUCCUGAUUUGGGGCAAUCCUAUAACAAUAUUGGCGCUGUGUACAAUCACACGGGUGGCUAUCCAAAUGCUCUUCCUAUUACGAAAAAGCUUGCGGUAUUUGGCAACAAUCACUUCACUCCAAUCGUCCUUAUUUAG